AUCAUUUUUCCUCAACCAGCUCAGUGGCACAAUCCCUGCAGGAAUCAGCAACCUUACAAAAUUGAGUACUCUAGAUCUCGCUAGCAAUCAACUCACUGGCACAAUUCCCUCGUCAGUGGGGAAUCUUGCAAACCUGACAUAUCUAACACUUUCUUUCAAUCAGCUCAAUGGCACAAUUCCUGCUACAAUCGGCAACCUUGCAAGAUUGAACAUUCUAUCACUUUCUGUCAAUCAGCUCAGUGGCACAAUUCCUGCUGCAAUCGGCAACCUUGCAAAACUAACCACUCUAGAUUUUUCUAGGAAUCAACUCACUGGCACAAUUCCUGAUGGAAUGGAAAACUUUGCAGACCUGACUUCACUAGAUCUUGGUAGCAAUCAACUCACUGGCACAAUCCCUGCUUCAAUGGGGAACUUUGCAAACCUGACGUAUCUAUCACUUUCUUUCAAUCAGCUCAGUGGCACAAUUCCAGCUGCAAUCGGCAACCUUGCAAAACUAAAAACUCUAUAUCUCUAUACUAAUCAACUCACUGGCACAAUUCCCACUGCAAUGGGCUACCUCACAAACCUGCAAAUCCUUGCUCUGUCCCGCAACUACCUCACGGGGCCCCUGGUGAACCUCCCGCCCAUCCGAGUGGACCUAUCUGACAACUACCUGUCGGGUGUUGUGUCCGCACCAGACUGCCAGCGCCACUCUAUCGCAGCCAACUGCUUCACGCCAAGCAAAACCUGCAAUCCUGAGUUGCAGCGGCCAGCAGCACAGUGCAUAGCGUUCUGUGGCAUCUCUUCAACCACUGCUGCCUGUGGUGGCCGCGGCGUGUGCUACCCAGACGGGCCCAGCUUGGUGCCAACGUGCUUGUGUGGUGCGGGAUUCUUGCGGCUUGGAAGAUUCAACUGCAGUCCAGGAGUCCCCCCAAGGAGCAUCCUCCCACCAUUCGCGAUUCUGACCAAGGGCACGAAGAAAGAGACUGCGGGAAAGUUCGUGGCGAAGCCAGUGACUUUGUUUAUGUAUCAGCCUGGUGUAACUUCAGGAUGCGGCUUGGAGUUGGCCUUCAAAGUGAACUUCACCUUUGCUCUCGUGCCCCAGUCUGGCACUGCCGGGUCCAACGGCUUCGCAUUUGUGAUUGCAGCAAAGCCCAAGGUGGGGAAGCCUGGUGGUGUGGGGUACAGAGGAAUGGGUCCUCGGAGCAUGGCUGUUGUCUUCGACACGCUUCAGAGUGAUGCGGGCGAGCAGCACGUGGGGCUGAGCGUUAACGGCACAGAAGAACCCUUGGUCAAGGCGGUGUCUCCAUUCACGUUCACCGAUGGCAGUCCGUACACUGUGUGGGUGGAUUAUGAGCCUGGUGCUCCCAACAGCAUUCAAGUGUUCCUGGCAAAAUCAUACGUGAAGCCAGUGGAGCCGCUGCUGCAGGGGAAGGUGUCGCUGUGUGCGGUGCUGCAGCCUGGAGUGAAGCAACCAGCGUUCUCGUUUGGCUUUGUGGCGUCCACCACUGUGAAGCCCUUCCAGCUGCAAGGCAUUUACUCCUCCGCUGUGCAAACAGGCGCUCCGUCACCCAAGCCAGUCCAGCUCAGUGAGCAAGCCCUUGGCCUCUCACUGUCAGAGGCCACAUUCGCACCGACUCGAGCCAGUCCCUUUUCGCGCUAUGUGAGUGCGGACUUCAAGCUGUCGGCCACCAAAGCGGAUUCGUGGAGCAUUCGUGAUUUCCACACGUGGGACUCCGUGCCCUUCCUCAACUGGCCUGUCAAGAACCAAAAUGACUGCAGUGCGUGCUGGGCGUAUGCAGUGGUGGCGAGUGUAGAGGCGGCAUACGGCAUUGCCAAGCAGCAGAGCGCCCCUCAGCUAUCAGUGCCCUCGCUCUUCGCCCUCAUGGGGCUCUCCGACUCCGACAAGUGCUCUGCUGGCGGCUCCCCCACGCAGGCCUUUGAGACGCUCACAGCUCUCGAUGCCUCCAGUGGGCUCACAGCGGCCAGCGACCCGGCAACAAGGUACCCGGUGCAGGCGUUUGAGCGAGCACAGUUCAAGGGGUAUGUGGGGCUCAUGCUGGCAGUGCAGCGGCAGCCAGUGGUGGUUCACAUCGAGGCGUCUGCUCCAACCUUCAUGCAGUAUGAUGGGACCUAUAAAUACCAGGAUCCUGGAUGCUACACAGGCAGUCUCAACCAUGUUGUGCUCGUUAUUGGCUACUUCAUCACAAGAAACGAUGGCAGCCAGAACCGCAUUGCUCCUCCGUUUUGGAUCAUCCGCAACUCGUGGGGAGAGGAGUGGGGCAACAGGGGCCACAUGCGCAUGGACAUUCAGGGAGGGGAUGGCGUGUGUGGCAUCAACGUGCUGCCUGGCAUCUACCCCAUUGUCAAGAUUCCUGCAGACCCCUGCGGCCAGAGCAGCUACAAGGGCGAUGGGGAUUUGCAGCCCAGCAUGAACCCGUGUGGCCGGUUCCAGUGCCAGGCGACGGCAGAAAGAAGCAAUAACUGCACCUGCAAUAUUCCUACUGCUGCUGUGCAGCCCUUUGUGGAGGUUGCAAAUGGAAUUGGCUCCACUUGUGCUUAUGUGGACGUGUGUGGGUCAUACUUCAAGAACCCCUGCUACGUGGGAGCAUGCAUCAAUGAUGGCAAGGGCUCCUACUCCUGCAUCUGCCCUCCCAACCACGUUCCCAGCACAACUGUUGACGGCUUCCCCACCUGCGAUCCAGCUAAUACCACGGCCACCACAAUGACAGUCAGUGGAGGCAACUGGUGGUGCUCGGAUGUUCAUCCCCUUGUUGGCCUCUCACUGACUGACUUCACUGACCAAAAUUCAGGCAUCGACUGCAGCCAGCCAUUGCCCAAGGGCAGUGUCCUUCAGCUCGCUGGUACUCCCGCCACACCCUGCACUGCCUUCUUCUACUCCCUCAACGGGGACACCUGUGCAUCCAUCAGCACAUUGCUCAACUUCAAUUUCGGAAAUCUCGCCCCUCUCAACCCGGGCCUUGACUGCUCCAAGCCCAUCAAGGCGGGCCGCUCCGUGUGCCUCGAGCGCAGUGCUGCCUUCGCCUUCACCGUGCCUGAGUGUGUCCGAUACGGCACGCUCACACCUCAAGACACGUGCGAGCAGCUGCUGCAAAGGACCGGCAAGAGCGUGCCCCCUUCGGAAGCCAAUCCCAAUGACAAUUCACCAGGGGGUGCCAGUGAGAAUCCAUGGGCUGCGCUGUACCGCAACAAUCCCGGCCUCACUUGCGCUGCCACCAUCCCUUCCUCUGCCUCUGCUGUCGGCAGCAACAUCGGUGUACAGGUUUGCCUCAGGGCAGAGUAUUGGCCGUUCACGAUGGGUUUAUGCAAGAAGGGUAGAGCCAAGCCUGUCCAGAGGACAAUGGCUUGCUCAGCUGCUUACAGCUUCUACGGUGGGCCUACCUCAACAGCAAUCGCACGGUUUUAUGAGUACAAUGGUAGGUCUUGCUCUGGUACUGUAGCAGAUAAGUCCAUUUGUGUGCCAUAG